GAAGUGACCGAAUCACCAUAGUAACUCCCAAAAUAAAACAUUUCUUUCUUCCUUUUUCUUUCUUUCUUUCUUUUUUUUUUUUUUUUUUAAAUUCCUGCGGCUCUCCACCAGUGCGCGUGCAUCCCCGGGUACAUGUUUGAAUGCCCGGCGCGCCACCUGGCGACGCGCGGUUACGCGCACUCUAUAGCGCAGUGCCGGUAGAGCGCGCGGUCAGAUUCCAGCGUUAGUUUCACGUGGAGCACGAGCGCGAGAACCACGACUUUCCUCCCCGUUUGUUGCUUCCGUUGAACUGCUUUGCCGUUGAAGCCACCGGAUUAGGGCGCUGGACACCGACUCCGCGCUGUACGGAAGUUGUGCCGCGCGCGCUCGCAUGGAGAUAGUAGAGGUGGUGCGUGCGAUGUGUGUCAGUGAGGACAGUGUCUAAGGGGGGGGUGGAGUGGACACUGCUGAGACUCAUCCUGUACUUCAGCUUUGUCCUCAGAAUAUGCCCAGGCAUCACCAUGAAUCUGACACUGAGCUCCAAGCCUGGAUUCUUCCUCACCAACAGCUCUCCUGGAAUGAGAGCUAAUGCCGACAUUGCUGUCAUUCCUCAAGAGUUCUGGCCAGAGGGUGACAGUCAUCAAGCCAAUGUUUCCCACCUCACACGGGGCAACAACUUGACCAGCUCCCCAAAUGCCACACUUACACCCAUUGUGGUGUAUGAUCCCUUAGGUGGACACUCCGUCUGGCAAGUCAUCAUUAUUGUACUACUAACAGGGUCAUUGUCCCUGGUAACAAUCAUUGGAAAUAUCUUGGUGGUUGUGUCGUUUAAAGUUAACAAACAGUUGAAGACAGUGAAUAACUAUUAUCUGCUCAGCCUGGCCUUUGCUGACCUCAUUAUUGGCAUAUUGUCAAUGAAUCUUUACACUACAUACAUUAUCAUGGGCAGGUGGGCACUUGGAAACUGGGCAUGUGACUUAUGGCUGGCUAUCGAUUAUGUGGCUAGCAAUGCGUCUGUCAUGAACUUGCUGGUAAUUAGCUUUGACAGAUACUUCUCGGUCACAAGGCCACUUACAUACAUGGCCAAACGGACCACUAAAAGAGCAAUGACAAUGAUUGGCCUUGCUUGGUUUAUUUCCUUUGUGCUCUGGGCCCCUGCCAUUUUGUUUUGGCAGUACUUUGUGGGGAAACGAACAGUACCUCCAGGAGAGUGCUACAUCCAGUUUCUCUCAGAGCCGAUUAUCACAUUCUGCACUGCAAUUGCAGCCUUUUACCUGCCUGUGACCAUUAUGACAGUCCUAUACUGGCGGAUCUAUAAAGAGACAGAGAACCGAUCAAAGGACCUGGCAGGACUGAAGGGCUCAGGGAACCAGGCCAAGCAAAUCAGCGAAGAGGAAUCUGCUGCGAUGAUGCCCUCAACAGACAGCUCUUACAGUUGUGUCAACUACACCCUGAACCAGCCUGUUCAAAUGGACUCUGAGAAAAAGGUAGGAAAUAGUUGCCGCUUCUGGCUGCUGGGUCGCAGUGGUCAAAAGGGUUGCAGCACCGAUGCAGCGCAAGAACACAGCAGUAGUGAUAUCUGGAAUAACAAUGAUGGCGGAGCAUCAAUGGACCAAUCAGAUGAAGAGGAACAGAACGAAGAAGGUGUCAGUGCAAGUGCCAUUUACUCCAUUGUGGUGGACAUGGCUGAAGUGACGACAGAUGACAACUCUGGGAUAUCUAAGCAAGGACAACUAAAGCCUGAAAACAUUGCUGCAGACAAACCAUCUAGAAAAGUCUUUUCCAAAACCCCCACCCAGUCCUUGCCCACUAUGGAUAACUCUAAGCCUUGUGGGAGCUCGUCUGCCUCAAAAUCACCUUCAGUACCUCUGUCCUUAAAGGAUGAAUCUAUGGCAAAGGAUUUGGUCUCAAAGACCAAGACACAAGCCAACAAACGCAAGAAGGUAUCACUUGUCAAAGAGAAAAAAGCAGCACAGACAUUAAGUGCCAUCCUCCUUGCCUUCAUCAUCACCUGGACUCCAUAUAACAUCAUGGUCCUUGUAAAUACAUUUUGUGAUAACUGUAUCCCUGUGGGACUUUGGGCUCUGGGAUACUGGCUGUGCUAUGUGAAUAGUACAGUGAACCCUAUGUGCUAUGCACUGUGUAACAAAAACUUCCGCAUCACCUUCAAAAUGAUCCUGCUGUGCCAGUGGGACAGACAGAAACAAAAUAAGCCUCACCUUCAACAGAAGCCAGCAGUAGUGGCCUACAGGAAGAAUUAACUAAUGUAGAGAUAGAAAUGAGACGUCAGAUUUAAGAGCGUAGACUGUUAUGAACUCCUGGGUCAACCAUCCAUCGGUGCCAGUGUUUAGAUUUGCAACACUAAAGCUUACAGACCAUUUGCAAGAGUACACUCUUAGAAAAUAGUUCCUCAAUGUCUCCUUGGAGACGUAGGGUUCUUUAUUUCCUAAUGUGGCUGUACUCGAAACCACCUUUAGGAAGGAUUACCCCCCCCCACCCCCCACCCCCCCCCCAAAUUGUGCAGUUCAACAUAGAACCUUUAAGGGUUCCCCAAGGGACAAACUAUUGAACCUUUAAGGGUACUAGAUUUGACUUUUUUUCCCUGUGUGUAUUGCCUUCAGUGUUUGUCAAAAGGGCUGUUGAGUUUGUAGUUGUAGAAGUACGCUGUUAGAAAAGAGGUUUCCACGAGGGUCCCUUGAUAGUUAUAGUUUUCGAAUUAUAAAGCGGUUCUACAGGACCCAGUGCUGAAGGGUUCACCUUAGAGGGACAAAUCAGAUAACCAUUUUGGGAUACUAGAUCAAACUUUUUUUUUCUUAGAAUGAAUGUGAUUGAUUAGUGCCUCUAUUCUAUCCAAGUGUUUAAGGUCCUGUGGGGAAAGGUUACACAGCCUCCUGUUGUACCAGCCGAGCGAGAGCUGGGUCAACACGGCGUUUAUUUUAUUUUUUUUAUCUUCGGUGUAAACUGUAAACAUUUUCUUCACUGUACGCUGAUAUAUUUGGCCAUUGUCUGUAGUUAUCAUCACUGAUGCAUACUCUUAGAAAGAAAAAAAAAAAAAGAAGUUCUUUGGAUAGUUUGGGUUAUUCGCUUCUGAAAGGGUUCCACUUGAUGGGGUAAUUUAAGGGAUCUUUAAUGGUUCCUCAGAUGGGCAAACCAAAUAACUGCCAAGGGUCCUAGUUUUUUUUUUCCCUCAGUGUGUAGGUAGUAGUUAGAAUGUAUUGGUCUCUGUUGUGUUUGAUCAAAAAUGCAGUGUUUUCCACACAGAAACUGUUGUAUGAAGCUGCUUAUAUAUGAAUCGUACGAGGUGGUAUUUAUCACAUUUUAGGCAAGUAAGUGCUUCUGUUGAUGUCCUCAUUAUGCAGCCCGCUGUUCAUUCUGUACAAAUCAUUUUCUAUUUUUCAAACAUUUAUUCAGAUAAGGACUCUUUUAAGGUGUAUACUGGGGAGCAUGUUUUGCAAUAAAGACAAAAUUAAGUGUUUUCUUGCUAGGAAAAAAAAAAAAUUUGAUUUAAAAUUUUAUAUAACUGUUAUUAUUUUUAUUAUAUUGGCAUAAAACGUACUGGGGCUGUAUUCCCAAAGAAUUUUAAGAUUGAAAGUAGCUCCACAUUGGCUGAUUUAAGAGAAAAAUGAAA